AUGUCGGCGGAAGUAGAGCGGCUCAAAGACGAGGGCACGAGACUACAAGUCAUCAUAUCCGGAGCGGUCGCAGGCCUCGUUUCCAGAUUCUGCAUUGCGCCACUCGACGUGGUCAAGAUCAGACUACAACUUCAGCCGCAUUCAUUAUCCGAUCCUUUGUCGCUUGAUGGUAUCAAAGGUCCCGUUUACAAGGGAGCAUUCUCCACCCUCCGGUCGAUCGUUAGGGAGGAGGGCGUUCGUGCGCUAUGGAAGGGCAACGUGCCCGCUGAGUUGAUGUAUGUCUGUUAUGGUGGGAUUCAGUUCACCACCUAUCGCUCUGUCACCCAAGCUCAGAGUCUGCUACCAACACGGCCGCCACCGUCAGUCGAGUCUUUCAUUAGUGGUGCCGCUGCCGGAGCAGCUGCCACUACAGCAACAUAUCCCUUGGACCUUCUGCGGACGAGAUUCGCCGCCCAAGGAUCACAUCGCAUCUACCAAGGUCUACUCGGCGCUGUACGGGACAUUAGCCGGCAUGAAGGACCUCGUGGGUUCUUUCGAGGCCUGAGCGCUGCUAUUGGUCAGAUUGUGCCGUACAUGGGUUUGUUCUUCACGGGCUAUGAGUUCCUGCACCAGUAUAUUGGCGGCAAAACACUGCCGUUCGGGUCUGGCGAUGCAACGGCCGGGGUGUUCGCAAGCAUUUUCGCAAAGACUGCGGUCUUUCCACUCGACCUUGUGAGGAAGAGGCUUCAAGUUCAAGGACCCACCAGAACAAGGUACAUUCACACGAAUAUUCCCGAAUACAACGGUGUCAUACGAGGCCUUGCAACUAUCUGGCAACGAGAAGGAUAUCGAGGCUGGUACCGUGGACUCACGGUCAGUCUGAUAAAGGCGGCCCCAGCCUCUGCUGUAACGAUGUGGACCUAUGAACGUGUUCUUCAUGCUCUUAUCGACACAGACCGGAAUGACGAGAUGUGGGAGAUAUACACUCCCUAUGACGAUGAUGAUGAUGAUGACUGA